CGUCAGAAUCAAUAAGGGGAGUGAUAGAAAGAGCAUCCUUCCUUCAAUCGCACAUACACGUAUCGCAAAGCAUCGUCACAGCUGUUUUUGGCUGGAUGCAGCUCCAGAGCUUUAUGGAGGUCCGAAACCUGGACCAGCCUUUGUCUUAGAGCCUGCUCUCUACGAGUCUGACCAGUCAUAUUCCUCGAGCGUCUUGAACGCGUCUGUUUGCAUCGCAGAAGCUGUCAAUCUUAGUGUCUGACCCCUCUCUCAAUGGAAGGCUCCGUUUGGAUCUCGCUGCAUCCGCUGAAUGGUAGGCAUGUGGCGCCACCUCUGCACAUCCCAAGUCCGAAGGACCGGGAAAUUCAAGGCAUAAUAGUUCCACCGAAUUAAGCCGAACAAGUCAUUGCCUCUAUUUGAGUUCAGCAACGGCUGGCUUCGCUUUCUGACAGCUCGUCAUCAUGUCUGCUUACGGAGCUAUCAGUGCGCCUACACCCAUCGCUGAACUGACAUCGCGUCUGUGGCCUAUCCCCUCGGGUUCCGUAUCGACACAUCCAAUCUCAUUUGCAGACGCCCCAGAAGAGAUGAUGCAGUACAUGUAUGAAGUCUUUGCCAAGGAGCUAGAAGACGGACUGACUUACCCUCAAGAGGGACCCUUUGAUUUCGAAGCGUUUAAGACGUACUUCUUCAAAACGGCCUCGACAACUGUCAUUGCUGUUUUACAGGAGGCAUCGAUGAAAGAGCCACCGUCAAGUCUGAUGGAGGCUCAAGCUGAAAGAUCAUGGCGAGAGUGUCUCGGUGGUUUCUAUUACAUUAAACCAAAUUACCCGGGAAGGAGCAGUCACAACUGCAACGCUGGUUUUGUCGUCCCGCCAAUACAGCGAGGCAAGAAGAUUGGGGGAGCACUCGCAGAAUCUUACUUGAUCUAUGCCCCUGCCUUAGGAUACCGAGGUAGCGUUUUCAAUUUGGUCUACGAGAACAAUGCUGCAUCACUCCGACUCUGGGACAAGCUCGGGUUCCAACGUGUAGGCAAAAUACCUCGAGCUGGACGAUUGAGAAGUGGUCCAAAUGGUACAGAGGAAUAUAUAGACGCCGUAGUUGUUUUCAAGUCGUUUGUCUAG